AUGAGAAGUAUGGCGCAGCUGGUGAAAAGUGGCGCAAGGUUAUGGUCAAAGUCAACACGUCUCAAAUAUAUUUUCCUCCUUGCCACGCUAUUCUUUGGCAGUUUUCUUAUCAUUUCUAUUACGAAUCGCACUGAAAUAUUACUUCUUAACAAUGAUCAACCCCUCACUUCCCUAGAAUUUCACCGCUACGACAUUGAACAAGAAGAAAGGUACACGAUAAAAACAGAAGGUUGCACUAUCCCUUUUUUAAUACCUUUAGAUGAAUCUAUAAAAUCGUUUAACAAGCCUCCUACUGGGUUGAGAAGUUGCCCAAAUGCCAACUAUACUCUUCUACUACACAACAGAACCCAUAUAUGGGUAGAUAUGGAUAUGCUACAAUAUUAUAACGUAUCGCUGGAAGAUGAGUCGUUCUCUUGUUGUUAUGAGGCAUUCCACAGACCGUCGUCGAUCGAAGAUGUAUUUUCAAUAACAGCAGACAACAGGGCUCGAUACGAAGCUUGUGUGGAUUUCAAUAACUAUAUAAAGGUAGCUCACGAAUUUGUUAGGGUUCGUUGCGUAGUUGAUCAAAGAAUAUUUCACAAACAGUAUUUUCUAUUUGCUCGCACGAAAUCGAAAGUUUCCCGAGGUGAAACUAUGAAAUCUGAAUUGAAAUCACCAGGCUCUGCUCCUUACUAUAACGUGAUUGUUAUGGGAAUAGACGCUAUAUCCAGAUUAAAUUUCUAUAGAACAAUGCCGAAGACCUUGGCCUUUCUAAAACAAAAAGGUGCUAUAGAGCUGUUAGGUUACAAUAAAGUGGGUGACAAUACAUUUCCAAACUUAAUACCUAUGUUGAUGGGUGUCAAAGAAACUGACUUAAAGAGGAUCUGCUGGCCUAACCAUUUUGCCAACUUUGAUAACUGUCCUUUUAUUUGGGAGUGGUUUCGAGAGGCUGGCUUUUAUACUGCGCUCGGUGAAGAUAGUGGAUAUCUAAGUACUUUUAACUUUGGAAAAUAUGGUUUCAUCAAGUCUCCUACAGAUUACUAUCUUCGUACAUUUAUACAUGAAGCUGAAGCUAAUACGGGCAACACUAAGGAUUUCAAUUCAUUCAUUUGUAUGGGAAAUAAAUAUUUUUAUAACGUACUAUUGGAUUACAUUGAAGAUUUGAUGUCCACGCUGAGAUUAUCAAAACUUUUUGGGUUCUUCUGGGAAGUGACAAUGAGCCAUGACUACUUAAAUUAUCCAAUGGCGAUGGACGACAGCUACAAAUCAUUUUUUGAAAGACUUGAUCAUUCUAAUCGUUUAGAUAACACAGUUAUAAUGUUACUUAGCGAUCAUGGUAUAAGGUGGGGCCCAAUAAGAUUAACAAAGCAAGGACGUUUAGAGGAACGCCUGCCGUUAGUACAUAUAUUGUUACCGCCGUCAUUCCAAGAAAAUUACAGUUUAGCAUAUAGAAAUAUCAAACUAAACAGUAAGCGGUUAACUACACCUUUUGAUAUAUAUACAACGCUAGCCGAUUUGAUCAACUUGGACGCCAUAAGCGACCAAAAUAUUGAAAAACGUUCUGAAACAUCUUAUGCACAUAACAGAUGCAUAAGUUUGUUUCUACCUAUACCUAGUAAUCGUACUUGUAAAAUGGCGGACAUCGAUGACCACUGGUGCACUUGUCAUAAGGAAUUAAAAAUGCUCUCAGAAAGCACUGAGGCACGUAACGUAGGCGAACAACUUGUGACGCAUUUGAAUAUUUUUUUGGAGGAAUAUCCCCAAUGUGCAUUACUAAGACUUGAACAAGUGCUAGAAGUAACAGAAAUGGUGGCUGGCACGCCAAGAAAAAAUGAAAUAGGUUGGCGGGAGUAUAUGGCUGUUGUACGAACAUCACCUGGAGGCGGUGUUUUCGAGGGUACAUUGCGGUACAGAGACGAAAAGUGGAGUUUAUCUGGCUCAAUCAGCCGACUUAACUUAUACGGUGAUCAAAGUAGUUGCAUGCAUGAUUAUCAACUGAAACUAUAUUGCUACUGCUCAUAG